CUCCACCAAACACGUUUUGCCAAAUGCCUGCCCGUCCCCGUCUUGGUGAGCACUGCUGUGGAGGACAAACCUUCAAUCCUUGCACACAUAUUUGCUGUAAUGGACACAGCCACAACAAGAUGAAUGGCAAUUUCUGUUGUGGUUCAGAAGUCUAUGACCACCACAACCAGUUGUUAAAAUGCUGCUCAGGUCAUCUCUACAAACUUACACGUUUAAGUGGGGAGUGCUGUGGAAACCAUCUGCUGGAAUAUUAUAACAAUCAAACUUGUUGUUCCUCUUCAACCAAUUCUAUAAUUUAUGACACCAAACUAAACCACCGUUGCUGUGGGCAUUACUACUUCAACACAUCCCUGUGGAGCUGCUGUGCUGAACAUCUCAAACCAACACCAAAGCCUAACAGCUCUCUUGCAGAAUACAGGCUUAAACCUCUAACAGACCCGAUCCCUGAUAUGUGCAAUAAAACAGUGUUCUUUGGCAAAGUGGAGAGUGUGGCACUUAAAAAUUAUCAGCGUCACAUUGUGUUGAAAGUUGUUGGACAGGUCGAUGUAAAAUCGGAAAAGUUCAUCAAAGACCCUUGGCUUCAUGUGUCCAUGGAUCACUGCAGCUCUCCUGACACAGAGAACGGCAUGACCUACCUUUGGGAGGAAAACCACGAUAGGAAGUACAAGCUUCUCUCUCACCCUGUUGACCUAACCUCUGACAUACACAUGUUCUAUGCUAUAUGUUAUCAAAAGAAGGGAUAGAAAUAUGGAUUGAGGUCCAUUUCCAAUCAUUUCAAACCAAAUUCAAAGCAUGCUGAUUGCC